AACGUAUUGCUAACGUCACUUAUCUCUUUCUCAUGAUCAUGCAUAUGCGAAUCUGUCGGAUCAUCGCCCCGCCUCGAGUCACUCGCAGCUGGCUUCCAUUAUUGUUUUGAUCCCCUCGUGUGCACGGCCUUGCUCCUGCAGGCGCCUUGUGCCUUUCUCUUAUUCUCGUACCAUGACUUCGUAUCCACCACCGAUACCACCACCAAAGCGCUAUGAUCUCGUCGAGGCAUUCGAUGCCAUGGCACUCGCAGGCAAGCCAAACGAAAACAAGCGACUACAUGACCUUCCCCCUGCCGGCGAGAACCAGGCCAGUAGUUUCAUAGGGGGUUUCAGUCCGGAAAAGUUAGCAGUGAACGCGAUGCUUGACGCGACGAAGCGACCACCCAUACACAGCGGACAAUCCUCUCCACACAGCAAGGGCGCGUUACCCCCACUGCCAAAGCUGCCUACCUUCAUGACAAUGCCAUUUCCUCAGACGGGGAAACAGUCGUUGACCAUGCAGCACGCGCUCAAUACCACCAUGGCACGUGUCACUUCGCCAUCGCGUCCUCAGUCGGAUUCCCUCCUUUCCCCUGGCGCAAUGGCGCAUCCCUCUAUCUCUGCGACAGUGCGCUCGCGUCCAGUGCUCGAUAUCUCACCUGGACCGCGUUCUGCAUCUGUACCCCCUUCACCGUUAUCACCUUCGGCGAACAAGAACACCGCACAAUGCAGUGGUAUGACAAAGGCAGGGAAACAGUGCUCCCGCCAAGUCAAACUUCCCUCAACGCACUGUUAUAUUGACCCAAUGCCUGUUGUGUAUUGCCAUCAGCACCGUGACGCGAUGUUUACUGCUCAGACCGGAUUUUAUGUCAGACGGAAAGGCAAGGAAGACACAUUUGUUGAAUUUAGCAAUCAUAUACCACAAUACCUCCAGCGCGAUACCCAGUUGGCACUUAGAGUAGAAAUGGAGAAGGCUGCGUCUCCUUCAGACGUCCCCGGUUAUAUCUACACGUACGAAAUACGAGACCCGAAACGUCCCAACGUAAUCCAGCUCAAAGUUGGGCGUGCUGUAAAUCUCGCAAAACGACUAGAUCAAUGGGACAAACAGUGUGGGUCGAAGGUGCAAAUCGUCCGGGGGUGGUGGCCAGGCACAGUCGAAGAUGAUGACGACGGCACUAAUGGGAGCCUGCUCAAAGGAAACAUUAAGGCAGGAGAGCCAGGGCCACUGUGUCACCGUGUGGAGAGGUUGGUACAUAUAGAGCUUGCGGAUUUGGUGGUCCACACGCCGUAUCUGGACUCGAAGUUUCCGAAGGCAGACAAUUCAGACAUGUCCCCUUCUGGUUCGGGGUCGCCGAAAAAAGCUACGAUGAAACCCUGUCUUGAUUGUGGUGCUAUACACAGAGAAAUAUUUGCGUUUCCGCGUCCUACGAAGGGUCGCUACAAGGGGCGUGAGUGGGACCUGCUCGUGAAACCCGUCAUCGAGAAAUGGGGCAAAUUUGUAUCGGAACACUACGCUUGAGCUGUCAUAUGCGACAACAUCGCCUUUGGAGGGAGCUACCUGGGGAAGCCUUAUAUCUCCCAAUUAUUCAUACGAGCCGCAAGUCGGUCUCGGUAUCCCGGAUGGAUACAUUGUACUAACCCCAGAAUGACAUACUUCCCAGCCAAGCUUCUCCGUGUCUUCCGCUUAUUGAGAAACAUGUCAGGCGCGAUGUCCUUUUUUCUUUUUUGACUCUCGAAGGACUUUAUGAUGCCGACAGUGCGUAUCGCGUCUUUCGGUACGCGUCAGAUUUAUUUUGCCUUUACAUAUAUGUAGAAGAAACAACUGAACUGUCUUCCUUCUGUUGGUGCUGGAUUCUAUUGUUUUGUGAACUCAACGUUGAAGUAAGGGAGUUUGAUGGCGAGCAAUCAAAUCAAUAAAAAAUAAUUUGUGAGUUGCGG